AUGUUGCCCACCAUCUUUUCUCUUGCAGAAUACGGCAGUGCAGGUGAGAGGUCCAGGAGGGCGAAUAAAAGAAACUUCGACAAGGCUGGCUUCGGGAACAACUUCACCACUGGAGGAGAUAAGUCUCUGGCCCAGAGCAUGGAGACUGUGGUGGUGGGCUGCAUGUUCAAGUCUCUCAUCACGAGAUGUGCCUCCACUACACAUGAGCUUCACAGCUCUGAGAACCUGGGUCUUUAUUGUGACAUACGUCAGCUGGUUCAGUUUAUAAAGGAGUCUCAUGGAAAUGUCUUUCGGCGCGUGGCUCUCAGUGGCCUCCUGGACAGCGCAGAAAAACUUAAUACUACUAAAAAAACAGACGAAAAGGAGGAAACCAAGCCAUCUGCAGCAAAAAACGAGGAGCAGAUUCCAGGAGCUCUUUUAGGAAGGAAAGACUUUUGGAGGAAGAUGUUCAAAUCUCAGAGUGCCGCCAGUGAUACAAGCAGCCAAUCAGAGCAGGACACGUCUGAGUGCACCACUGCCCACUCUGGUACCACCACAGACCGGCGUUCACGUUCACGAUCCCGACGGAUCUCACUGCGCAAGAAGCUCAAAUUGCCCAUAGGUAACUGGCUGAAACGCUCCUCUCUGUCUGGACUGGCUGAUGGGGUGGAGGACCUGCUGGACAUCAGCUCAGUGGACAGACUGUCCUUUAUCAGACAGAGCUCCAAGGUCAAGUUCACCAGUGCAGUGAAGCUGUCAGAGGGUAACGCUGUUGAAUAUGGGCGAGAGGAAGAGGAGAAUUUCUUCAAGCGGCUCGGUAAAUGGCGGUCUGGUCGGAGGAACCCUUCCAAGAUUCACCACACAGAAGAGAAAGAUGGUUGCCACGGAUUCCAGGAGCGCUUGGCUGCCAGUCAGGAGGCCAUAAAGAAUAAGAACAUUGUGAAUCUAGGUGCAAUCAGACAGGGCAUGAAGAGGUUUCAGUUCCUGUUGAACUGCUGUGAGCCGGGAACCAUACCAGAUGCUUCGAUUUUAGCUGCGGCGCUGGACCUGGAAGCUCCUGUGGUGGCAAGGGCCUCGCUUUUCCUGGAGUGUGCCCGUUUUGUGCAUCGCUGUAAUCGUGGUAACUGGCCAGAGUGGAUGAAAGGUCACCAUGUGAACAUCACUAAGAGAGGGCUGUCCAGAGGACGAUCGCCUGUAGCAGGAAACAAACGGAACACGAAGCUCCAGUGGAACGCAGCCAAACAGUUUUACCAGUGGGGAGAUGCAAUAGGCACUCGGCUGAGUGAAAUUUGCCACUCGGACAGUGAGAGUCCAGCCAACAUCUUGGGUUUUAUCUACGAUGAAGAGAGCAAGAGGCGAGCGAAAAAGGAGGAUGAGGAGGAAGAUUAUCUGGAUGACAACACAGUCAACCCUACAAAGUGUGGCUGCCCUUUUGCUCUGAAGAUGGCUGCUUGUCAGCUGCUUCUGGAGAUCACCACUUUCCUGCGAGAGACUUUUCCCUGUCUCCCCAGACCCCGAACAGAGCCCCUUGUGGAUUUAGAGAGCUGCCGCUUGCGUCUGGACCCUGAUCUAGGCCGUCACCGCUAUGAGAGGAAGAUCAGCUUUGCAGGAAUCCUGGAUGAUGAAGACGGACACGAUUCUUUGAACAGCAGCAGCCACACCCUCAAGUCUGACACUGGCUGUGAGGAGAAGAAAUCAUCACAAGAGCCGCUGGCUCCCAUUAGGAAGAUCCGUAUUGGUGGCUCUCGUUUGCUACAGAUUAAAGGAGCAAGGAGUUUCAGAGUAAAGAAAGGAGGCUCUUUGUCUUCUAUCCGCCGAGCAGGGAGUCUGAAGAGCACUAAGAUGUCCAGACAGGACUCUGAGUCUGAGAAUGAUGUGGAUUCGGAGCGGCUGCUCUCCCAGAGCAGGGAUACUGUCACUGAUAUAGGAAGUCCGUGGAGUGCUAGCGAGCCAAGCAUUGAACCUGAAGGUCCUGGCAGCACAGGGGGUGUGGAGGACAACUACCAUCGCAAUAUGUCAUGGCUGCAUAUUAUGAUUCUGCUGUGCAACCAGCAGAGUUUCAUCUGCACUCAUGUGGAUUUCUGCCACCCCCGCUGCUAUCAGCACCACAGCCGUUCCUGCGCUCGGCUCGUUCGCGCCAUCAAACUUCUGUACGGCGAGACGGUGGACAGCCUGAAAGAGAACAGUGCCACCGGCAAUAUCAGCGGCCGUGCCAAGAAGAGCAAAGAGUGUUCAGAUAAAUCCUGCCUCCGGACCCCUUCCAUGAAAAGACGCCCCACUGACAACAGCGCUGAGGGGAAAAAAGACACUGGCAUGCUAAAAUACAUCCGCAACCAGGUGAUGAGCCUGUCUCCAGCCCCUCUGUCCUUGCUCAUAAAAGCCGCCCCUAUCCUGACUGAGGACAUGUACGGAGACAUUCUGCCUGCAGCGUGGGAGCUCCUGCUGAGUGUGGAUGAACAUAUGGCUGCAGCUGCAGCUGCCCUGUUCCUGCUGUGCGCGGUGAAGGUGCCGGAUGGAGUGACCGAGAUGAUGAUGGCUGAAUUUCAGCACCAGGAAGCGUGUCAGAGAAUUAACUCCAUUUUGAAGUUCUACACUGUCUGGAGAUUCCGUUACCAAGUGUGGCCUCGGAUGGAGGAAGGGGCUCAGCAGAUUUUUAAGAUUCCUCCUCCCAGCAUUAACUUCACUCUGCCCUCUCCUAUCCUGGGAAUGCCCUGUGUGCCCAUAUUUGACCCUCCAUGGGUUCCUGUGAAUGCAGGCACUGUUCCGGACGCAAUUAGUGAAGAUCAGUCUAAGUCAUUCUCGGCACGUGCAGUGUCUCGCUCUCACCAGCGGGCAGAGCACAUCCUGAAGAACAUGCAGCAGGAGGAAGAGAAGAGGAGGCUCGGUCGGGAGGCCAGCAUCAUCACGGCUAUCCCAAUCGCACAAGAGGCCUGCUAUGAGCCCACAUGUAGUCCCCCGCCCGAGCAGGAAGAAGAGGAAGAUGUGGUGAACCUGACAUCACGUCGUCUGUCCGUCAGCCCUUCCUGUGCCUCCAGUAACUCUCACAGAAACUACUCCUUUCGCAGAGGCUCCGUGUGGUCAGUGCGGUCAGUGGUCAGUGCUGAAGAUGAUGAGAACACAACAGAACUCACACCAACACAUCACAUGCUGCAGCCACCGCAGGCUGUUUUCCCUCCGUGCAUAUGUGCUGCCGUGCUGCCCAUCGUGCACCUGAUGGAAGAUGGAGGAGUUCGGGAAGAUGGAGUUGCAGUGUGUGCUGUUGCUCAGCAGGUCUUGUGGAACUGCCUGAUUGAAGAUCCAGCACUGGUUCUUAGACACUUCCUUGAGAAACUCACUGUCAGUAACAGACAGGAUGAGCUGAUGUACAUGCUGAGGAAACUGCUGCUUAACAUUGGGGAUCUGCCGGCACAGACCUCGCACAUUCUAUUCAACUAUCUGGUGGGCUUGAUCAUGUAUUUCGUGAGGACUCCCUGCGAGUGGGGCAUGGAUGCCAUAUCAGCCACAUUGACCUUUCUGUGGGAGGUGGUGGGUUAUGUAGAAGGGCUCUUCUUCAAAGACCUCAAACAGACUAUGAAGAAAGAACAGUGUGAGGUCAAGCUUCUGGUGACUGCCUCCAUGCCAGGAACCAAAACCCUGGUCGUUCACGGACAGAAUGAGUGUGACAUUCCCACCCAGUUACCAGUGCAUGAAGACACCCAGUUUGAAGCUCUUUUGAAGGAGUGUUUAGAGUUCUUCAAUAUUCCAGAGGCUCGAUCUGCUAACUACUUUCUGAUGGAUAAGCGCUGGAACCUUAUCCACUAUGCCAAGACCUAUGUGCGAGACAUCUACCCUUUCAGAAGAUCAGUGUCUCCUCAGCUCAACCUGGUUCAUAUGCUUCCAGAGAAGGGUCAGGAGCUCAUUCAGAAACAGGUGUUUUCCAGAAAGCUGGAAGAGAUUGGUCGAGUUUUGUUCAUCAUCUCGCUUACGCAACGUAUGCCUGCCAUGCACAAGCAAUCCCACGUCUCCAUGCUUCAGGAAGACCUUCUGCGGCUGCCGUCAUUUCCUCGCUCUGCCAUUGAUGCUGAGUUCAUCUUCAAUGAGCCUCUGGGCAAAGAGCUCUUCGGUUUGGACACGUUACAUAAGGUCCUAUGGAUCAAACUGCUGGAGGAGAUGUUUCUGGGCAUGCCCAGUGAAUACCCCUGGGGUGAUGAGAUUAUGCUAUUUCUGAAUGUGUUUAACGGUGCCCUGCUCCUACACCCCGAGGACAGCGCCCUCCUCAGGCAAUACAGCGCCACUGCCAUCAAUACAGCUGUACACUUCAACCACCUCUUCUCUCUCAGCGGCUAUCAAUGGAUCCUUCCCACUAUGCUCCAGACAUACGCAGAUUAUGAAAGUAACCCACUGUUGCGUCAAGGGAUUGAGUUCUGCUGCAGACAGUUCUAUAUCCUCCACCGUAAACCAUUCAUAUUGCAGCUCUUUGCUAGUGUGGCCCCACUGCUGGAGUUCACUACUCGCACUAGCACUGGUCUUUCGAAAGGCGUGUCUUCACAGUGUCUUUUUGACCUGCUGGUAUCUUUGGAGGGAGAGACUGCAGAUUCCUUGGAUGCUUUGGAGCUGGUGAAGGCUGAGAAACCUCUCCGCUCUCUGGAUUUUUGCUACGGUAAUGAGGAUCUGGCAUUUUCAAUAAGUGAAGCCAUUAAGCUGGGUGUCACAGUGGUUGCUUAUGCCCCAGAAUCCUACCGCAGUCUGCAAAUGCUGAUGGUUCUGGAGGCUUUGGUUCCAUGUUACCUGCAGAAGAUGAAGGGUAACACACAGACUCUGGAGUCCGCAUCUGCAGCGAGGGAUGAGAUUGCUGCCAUAGCUGCUCUGGCCACUUCUCUGCAGGCUCUGCUCUACAGCGUGGAGGCAUUGACACGACCUAUGACCGCACCUCAGAUGAGUCGAUGUGAUCAAGGCCACAAGGGAGCAACUACAGCCAACCACACCAUGUCUGGAGGACCAAACACCAGGGAUAACCUGCACCUGCUGGAGGAGGGUCAGGGUAUACUGAGGGAGGAGCUGGACGAGCGAAUCGCCCGUGAAGAGUUCCGUCGCCCCCGCGAGUCUCUGCUUAACAUCUGCACCGAGUUCUACAAGCACUGCGGCCCACGCCUCAAAAUCCUGCAGAACGUGGCAGGAGAACCCAGAGUCACUGCUCUAGAGCUGCUGGAUAUUAAGUCUCAUAUGAGACUGGCAGAAAUCGCUCACUCCCUUCUUAAAUUGGCCCCGUAUGACACACUGACCAUGGAAAGCCGAGGGCUGCGCCGCUACAUUACAGAGAUGUUACCCAUCACCGAUUGGUCGGCGGAGGCCAUUCGUCCCGCCCUCAUCCUCAUUCUGAAGAGGCUGGACCGAAUGUUUAACAAGAUUCAUAAAAUGCCCACACUCAGGCGGCAGGUGGAGUGGGAGGCGGCUAGCAGUCUGAUUGAAGGGAUUUGUUUGACACUUCAUCGGCAGCCAAUCAUCUCCUUCCUCCCUCACCUGCGCUCUCUAAUCAACGUCUGUGUCAACCUGGUGAUGGGGGUUGUGGGGCCGUCAAGCGUGGCAGAUGGACUUCCCUUGUUGCAUUUGAGUCCGUACCUGUCUCCACCCCUUCCCUUCAGUACUGCAGUUGUGCGUUUGGUUGCCAUGCAGAUCCAGGCUUUAAAGGAUGACUUCCCACUCAGUCAUGUGAUCUCCCCCUUCACCAAUCAGGAGAGACGAGAGGGGAUGCUGCUUAACCUCUUGAUUCCAUUUGUGUUGACUGUGGGCUCAGGAAGUAAAGACAGCCCUCAUCUGGAACAGCCGGAGGUUUUUCUGCUUUUGCAGACAGUCAUUAACAUCCUGUUACCUCCACGCAUCAUCAGCACCUCCCGCAGUAAGAACUUCGUUCUGGACGCGUCUCCUGCCCACUGCUCCACCCCAGGGGACACUGGGAAAGACCUGCGUAGAGAGGGACUGGCUGAAUCCACCAGCCAAGCAGCUUAUCUUGCUCUGAAGGUGGUCUUAGUCUGCUUUGAGCGCCAGCUGGGUAAUCAGUGGUACAAGCUGAGUCUACAGGUCAAGGAAAUGGCCCUGCGUAAAGUCGGCGGUCUGGCUUUUUGGGAUUUUAUUGACUUCAUAGUGCGCACACGAAUUCCAAUCUUCAUUCUACUACGUCCUUUCAUACAGUGCAAGCUGUUGACCCAACCAGCUGAGUCUCAGGAGGAGAUCACAGCCCGUCACCAUAUCGCAGAGCAACUAGAGCGUCGUUUCAUCCCACGAUCCCUCUGCAAGAGCUCUCUGUUCGCCGAGUUCAGCAACGAGCUCAAGAUCCUGAAAGAGGCUGUGCACAGCGGCUCCGCAUACCAGGGAAAGACGUCCAUCAGUACCGUUGGCACGUCCACCUCUGCAUACAGGUUAAGUCUCGCCACCAUGUCUCGCUCCAACACUGGAACAGGAACUGUCUGGGAGCAGGAGAGCCAACCCUCACGCCAGCCCUCACAGGAUACGCUCAGCCGUACCGAUGAGGAGGAGGAGGAAAAUGACUCCAUCAGCAUCCCCAGCGUGGUAAGUGAGCACGAAGCUUUCCUCCCCAGGCUCAUUUCCCAGCGGCGUUUCUCCAGUCACGCCACGGACUCGGCCGCCACUCAGCCUGAACCAGGCAUGAGCACCAUGCUGCCCAGCCACAGUGAACCCAAUGUGCUAGAUGAAUCCCAGGGGCUUCUGGAGGAGGGUAACCUGUCUAGGGUUGCCAGUGUGCAGAGUGAACCCGGACAGCAGAAUCUGCUCAUUCAGCCUCCUCUCGGUCGUAAGAGAGGACUUAGACAGCUGCGGCGACCCCUGCUGUCCAUCCAGAGGGUGCAGGACGAGUCCCGCGGGCGUCAGGGAGCCAGACUCUCAACGACCCGCAGGAGCAUUCAGCCUAAGAAUAAACCACUCGACAGGGCACAUGGUGACCAAAAAAGGUCUGUCACUUUCACUGAGACCCAGCAGGAAGCAGCGGGCAGAUCUCCUACUGCCACUCCCAGCCCCAGCAGCGGCCCAGCAGGGGUCACAGAGGUCGGCAGGAUGAGCCAUGCUGCCGGAGGACACUCUCCUUCCUCAUCACCCAGCAUCAAAACUGCCCCGCACAAACAGGCAUUGCCACAGGGCUCUCAGAGUGAGAAUAAAGACAGGAAAGAUCAGGCGAGUGUCAGAAGCAGUCUGUCUCCCACCCCUUCUGCCGCCUCCAGCUCCACUUCCAGAGCCUGCUCCCCUCUUCCUCCUCCCCUCCCUGUCCUGAGCACUCCGUCCCGGCCCAACCCAUCCCAGAUCAGAGAAAGUCCAGAGGAUGAGGAGACAUCUGGGCUUCUGCAAAACACCGACACCUCCCAGAGUCCAGAAGAGGACCGCGGCACAGAGAACCCACUGCUGACCUCGCUGCUCACACCCCAUGCCCUCUCUCCGCUCCCCCUGUCCCCUGUCGACCUGGAUCUGGACGAGUCUCACGUCUGAGAAUGUCCGGCUUCAGGAUGUAACGGUGCAAAACUGUGAAAAGAAGACAUUUUGAAGAAUGUCGGUAGCCAAACAGUUGAUGGACCCCAUUGACUUCCAUAUGUUUGACAUUCUUCAAAAUGACUUCUUUUGUGUUCAGCAGAAGAAAGAAACUCGUACAGGUUUGGGACAAGUAAAUCAUUUUUGGGUAUAUCUAUCCCUUUAAUUCUACCUGAUUAACCUGUGUCGUACCAUUCAGUCUUUAUUGAGAUCAUUUUAAUUUAAGUAUUCUGUGAAAAUCAUACAUUAGCUACAGGAACUCAUGUAAUUUAUAUAGAUGUAUUCUAAAUAUUUGUCUCUUAAAGUAUUUAUUCAGAGGAUUAUAUAAAAAUUAGAUAUGUAGAAUAAAUAUUAUAAAUGCUUUAUUUUCAGGGGAAAAAACAAUGCCAAGUUUGUUGCCAAAUAUUUGUUUGCUAAGAAAUACUCACAUAGACACAAGGAAAUAAGUCAUUAAAUAUUUAAAUAAUAUAAAUAUAUUUAAAUAGAAACAUUCAAAGCAUCUGAUUAUGUGUUUAAUUUCAGCCUAAUUCAACUUUGGUUACACUUUAUUUUAAGGUGACAUUGUUACUCAAAUACGUACUGAGUAAUAUUAACUAACUACUGUAAUUACUAUAGAGUUACGGUUAGUUAUUUAUGCAUAAUUUACAGUUAUUACUACA